CAAUCCGCCAACAAGGCAACAAACAGCUCGCAAAACUACGACUUUUAAACUAAAAGCUCUCUAUUUAUUAGUCCUGCAAUUUCAAGGGUAAUCCGACGAGAAAGGACUCCAAAGAACCUUGACGUCUAGAUAACAGAACGACCCCGGAGCUCCCUCUCCCAACGGCCACCUGAUUUUACGAGCCGGCAAUUGGCCUCGACACAUCCGCAUCCCUACGUUCCACAUUACCCGACAAUCCUCAGCAUGGCCGACGUCGAGAUGACUGAUGCGCCCACCUCAGCUCCAGCCUCAGCGCCCGUUACCAAGAAGAAGAGCGGCGUCGAUGGCGAGGCUAAGGAAGGAAAGAAGCGGUUUGAGGUGAAGAAGUGGAAUGCGGUAGCCCUCUGGGCGUGGGAUAUUGUCGUCGACAACUGCGCUAUCUGCAGGAACCACAUCAUGGACCUCUGCAUCGAAUGUCAAGCAAACCAGGCGUCGGCUACUAGUGAGGAGUGCACUGUUGCUUGGGGUAUCUGCAAUCACGCAUUUCACUUUCACUGCAUCUCGAGAUGGCUCAAGGCGCGCCAAGUUUGCCCGCUCGACAACAGAGACUGGGAAUUCCAGAAGUAUGGAAGAUAGGCAACGGCAGCUGCUGGGCUCCAAGAAGAUGGGCCACGGAUAUAUCGGGAACAUGGACCGGGUCGAGAUGCGUCGUGGCAUGGCUUUGCGACACGGUCACGCUUGGUCUCAUCCAUAGCACCUAUAAGGAGGGAGAACCGAGCCGGCGACAAAUCACGGUUUCCGGCUCAUUAUGACGUUAUUAUGCAACACUGCCUUCCACAU